GCCAACGUUGGUGCAUUGAAUAUAUCGAGUAACGCGUCGCUUGCAAGAAAACGGAAGUGCGCGUUGUGUUGGAAAUUAAAAAUUUUUACAAAAAAAUAAAUUUUAAAUUUGCAAAUAAAAGUUGAUGAAAAUAUCCUUUUUAAAGUGCAAAUACGGGAAUAUUAAAAAAUUAUUAAAAGCAAAAUGGAUGCGAAUUUGCGUUCACCAAUUUUUUGUCUAGCCGUGUUGUUAUGCCUGGUGGCGCAUGCGCGUGCGACAUACAAAUUGCAGGAACGUUACAGCUGGACACAAUUGGAUUUCGUUUUUCCGAGUGCUAAUUUGAAGCAGCAAGCGCUCGCCAGCGGUGAUUAUGUGCCACAAAAUGCAUUGCCUGUGGGCGUGGAGCAUUGGGGCAAUCGGCUGUUUGUUACGGUGCCACGUUGGCGUGACGGUAUUCCCGCUACAUUGACUUACAUCAACAUGGACCAUAGUGUAACUGGCUCACCGGAGCUCAUUCCAUAUCCCGAUUGGCGUAGCAACACAGCUGGCGAUUGUGCAAACAGCAUCACCACCGCGUAUCGCAUUAAGGCGGACGAGUGUGGCCGUCUAUGGGUACUUGACACCGGCACUGUUGGCAUUGGCAACACCACCACCAAUCCAUGUCCGUAUGCGGUGAACGUCUACGACUUGACCACCAACACACGUAUACGCCGUUAUGAGUUGCGUGCCGAUGACACCAAUGCCAACACUUUUGUUGCCAACAUUGCCGUGGAUAUUGGCAAGUCAUGCGACGAUGCAUUCGCUUACUUUUCCGAUGAACUCGGCUUUGGUUUGAUUGUUUAUUCGUGGGAACUGAAUAAAUCGUGGCGUUUUUCGGCGCACUCAUACUUCUUCCCGGAUCCAUUGCGCGGCGACUACAAUAUUGCCGGCUUGAACUUCCAAUGGGCUGAUGAGGGCAUCUUUGGCAUGGCACUUUCACCCAUACGUUCCGAUGGCUAUCGUACUAUGUUCUUCAGCCCUCUGGCCAGUCAUCGUCAUUUUGCCGUAUCGACGCGCAUUUUACGCGAUGAGAGUCGUGUCGAAGAUAGUUAUCAUGAUUUUGUGGCGCUAGAUGAACGUGGCCCCAAUUCGCAUACGACGGCGCAUGUUAUGAGCGAUGAUGGCAUUGAGCUGUUCAAUUUAAUUGAUCAAAACGCCGUGGGCUGUUGGCAUUCAUCGAUGCCGUACACACCACAAUUUCAUGGCAUUGUAGAUCGUGAUGAUGUCGGCCUGGUGUUUCCGGCCGAUGUGAAGAUCGAUGAAAAUAAAAAUGUGUGGGUACUCUCCGAUCGUAUGCCGGUCUUUUUGCUCUCCGAUCUCGACUACAAUGACGUCAACUUCCGCAUUUACUCUGCGUCGCUGAGCACUUUGAUUGAGAACACCGUCUGCGAUAUACGUAACAAUGCCUACGGGCCAUCGAAUUCGGUUGGCUCGGUUAGCAGUUUCUAUGACACGCCCACGAGUACGAAUAAUAUUUAUGGUCCACAUUUGGGUAUUGGUGGUGGUAACAAAGUGUACGGUCCACCGAAUCCAGUAAAUGUGCCGAAACCGCAGACGCGUCUAAACAAACCCUACUUGCCGCCAUUACCUACAAAGCCGGUUGUGCAAGCGGAUGUGCCACGUGUCGCACCGCCAAGCCGGAAUUAUCUACCGCCAUUGAUGGGCACUGGCUACACAACGCAGCGCGCCGACUCAGCCAAGGCGUACGUCUUCAACAAUGGUCUCACCUAUGAAGCUGGUGGGCCACAUCUGUUUCCGAUACAAGCGGAGGGCUUGAAGAACUAUGUGACAACGCGCACAUCCGGCUGGUGGAUGCAGCGCUGAGCGUGGGAACUCCGGUAACCUUUUUGCACUUAUCACCUAAACCUGAAUAUGCCAACUUCCAAGCAUUCCACAAUGAAAGAGCAUCUACCCGGAAGAAAUUUAUUUUCCCAUACUCGUUUACCUAUCAGUAAUUUUAGAAUAGAUUGUGUGACUUUGUUGUAACUCCGUGCAAAUACCCCGAGGCAACGCUGCACUUUAGUAACAAAGUCUGGCUGUUGCUUCUUAACUGAUUGUAGACAAGAAUAAAUUUGUAAAUACUCAUUUUAUGAAUUUCGCAACCGUAUAUAUAAAUAAUGUUUAAAUAAUUUGUAGUGUGAAGAGCCAAUGUUUUACCUAUUAAGAAAUGUUCUUUGCGAAAUGUUUUCGGAAUGAAUUUAUCGUAAAAUAAAAUGUGUUUUAA